AUUGGUUGCGAAGGUAGUGCGUACGGAGUCUAAGAUAGAGUCGGAAAUAAUAUACUGACGUCAAUGCUAACGAGACUCAACACGUCAAGUUUAUGCAGUAUCAAGAGAAGCCAGCCAUGCGUGGAAAGGAGUGGCCGUACUACCCCAAUGUGCUAGGUUACAGAGUUCCGCUAUGCAACUUCCCUGAAGCCAAGUUCCUUUCAGGGCGAAAUAGCGACUCACAGUGUAUGGAGGAAAUGAUCAUCAAUCUAAACAGAAUGAAUCUCACGUACCACAUCGACCACAAAUCGCUUGUGGGUGCAUACCGGCACGGUGGGAAUAUGCCCGGCGAUGACAUUCUGCAAAUAGGAUUCUACAUGUACUACAACAAGCACAUGCCUUCAUCACUGGAUAAUCAUUUCUGCGAGCGAAUGACGAUGGAGGCUGGCGAAAGGAGUAAAGACGACACACUGUGCUCGAAAACCUACGAGUGGUGGGCAUCUGAAUGGGCACCCCAAACCAUAAACGAAAACAUGGAGAGAAUCGGGUUUGACCAAAAUCACUGGCGAUCGGCCACUCUGGAAGUGCACGGUAGCCAACCCACCACGUUUGAAGGCAGG